AUUUCCUCUUUCUAGAAUCCCGGGUGCAGGACAGAAGCCCCAGGACCUGAGCUACAGUGCUCUGCCUCUGUCAUUCACAAGGCCAGCUAGCAACUAUGGGAAACUGGUUGCCUGGCUGGUCAUCCGGUGGGUCUUUGGGGGUGCCCCCCAUGCCAGUGCAGAAGCUAGAAAAGUCUGUCCAGGUAAACCUUGAACCAGAUGAAAAAUGUCUGAGUCAGACCGAGGUGUCCUCUGUGCCAUCGCAGAAGCUAGAAGAAUAUAUCCAGGCAAACCUCAAACCCGAUGAAGAAUCUCUGAAGCAGAUAGACCAGGCUGUGGAUGCCAUCUCUGACCUGCUGUGCAAUGAUGUGAUGAUCAAUGUGCUGAAAGUGGCUAAGGGUGGCUCCUAUGGUCGGAAAACAGUCCUAAGAGGCUGCUCCGAUGGUACCCUUGUUCUCUUCACCGGUCUCUUCAAACAGUUCCAAGACCAGAAGAAAUACCAAGAUAAUCUCCUUGACUUGAUUGAACAACGGCUGAAAAGCCAUGAGAAAUACAAGAAGUCAGUAAAACGUAAACUUAGCCUCCUUGAAGUACAAGUGUCUAUACCAGGGCAGAGUAUACUCUUGCAGUUGCUUCCAACCUUCAAUCCUCUGUGCAUCAGUGAGAAUCCCAGCGCCCAGGUCUAUCAGAAUCUCAAAAGAUCCAUGGAUCAAGUAAAAGCAUCACCUGGGGAAUUCUCAGACUGCUUCACCACACUGCAGCAGAGGUUUUUCGAGAAAUAUCCCGGGAGACUGAAGGAUUUGAUUCUAUUGGUCAAGCACUGGUAUAAACAGUUGCAGGAUAAGUGGAUAAUAACCUCACCUCCGCCAUUGCUAUAUGCACUGGAGCUGCUUACUGUGUAUGCCUGGGAACAGGGCUGCCAGACUAAAGACUUUGACAUCACGCAAGGUGUCAGGACUGUGCUGCGACUCAUCAGUCAGCCGACAAACCUGUGUGUCUACUGGUUAGACAAUUACAACUUUGAGGAUGAGACAGUCCGGAACAACCUUCUGCACCAGCUCAACUCCCCAAGACCGGUCAUCUUGGAUCCAACCGACCCAACCAACAAUGUGGGCAAAGAGGACUGGUUCUGGCAGCUACUGGCAGAAGAGGCCCAGGAGUGGCUGAACUCUCUCAGACUGAAUACGGCACACGAACCAUGUUGGGAUGUUCUGCCCAUGCCAUUUUUCAUCACCCCAAGCCACUGCCUGGACAAGUUCAUCAAAGACUUCCUCCAGCCCGACAAGGUCUUCCUAAACCAAAUCAAAACAGCUGUUGACAUAAUCUGUUCAUUCUUAAAAGAGACCUGCUUCCAGAAUUCUGACAUCAAAGUCCUGAAGAUCAUCAAGGGAGGAUCCACUGCCAAAGGCACAGCUCUGCAGCAGAGAUCAGAUGCUGACAUCGUAGUGUUCCUCAGCUCGCUGGAUAGUUAUGACUCCCUAGAAACUGAACGUUCCCAGUACGUCCAGGAGAUCCGAAAGCAGUUAGAAGCCUGCCAGAAGGCCUUUGAUUUAGGGGUGAAGUUUGAGAUUUCCAAAUGGAUGGCCCCCAGGGUGCUGAGUUUUACCCUGGAAUCCAAGAGUCUCAAGCAAAGUGUGGAGUUCGAUGUCCUUCCCGCCUAUGAUGCACUAGGUCAGCUGCGGUCUGACUACACCUCCAGGCUCAAAGCCUACAAGAAGCUCACUGAGCUGUAUGCCUCACAGGACAGCUUCAAAGGAGGGGAGUUUUCAGUCUGUUUUACAGAGCUACAGAGAGACUUCAUUGAAACCAGGCCCACCAAACUCAAGGGUCUGAUCCGCCUGAUCAAGCACUGGUACAAACAGUGUGAAAGGAAGAUGAAGCCAAAAGCAUCUUUACCUCCAAAGUACGCACUGGAGCUGCUCACCGUGUAUGCGUGGGAGCAUGGCAGUGGCACAGAUGGCUUCGACACUGCUGAAGGCUUCCGGACCGUCCUGGACUUGGUCAUAAGAUACCGGCAGCUCUGCGUCUUCUGGACAGUCAAUUACAACUUUGAGGAGGAUCACAUGAGGAAGUUCCUACUGACCCAGAUCCAGAAAAAGAGGCCUGUGAUCCUGGAUCCAGCAGAUCCCACAGGUGAUGUGGGAGGAGGUGACCGCUGGUGUUGGCAUCUUCUAGCCAAAGAAGCGAAGGAGUGGCUGUCCUCCUCCUGUUUCCAAGUGGAGCCAAAAAGCCCCGUGCGGCCGUGGAAAGUACCAGUAGUGCAGACUCCAGGAAGCUGUGGAGCUCAGAUCUACCCCGUGGUGGGUGGGGUGUACUAAGAGAGUGCAUUCAGCUCUGGAGGGAAAAUGCUGGAAGAAGCUUCUAGAGACAUCUGGCAAAGACUCCGCUCGCUCGUGUUAUAGAAGGGAGCCUGGGUCCAGUCCUCUCUGGCUGGCUCCCACCAGUCUCCUUCCUGCUUGAAAUCAAGACAUGAGAUUUCCCCCACCCUCACCCAGGGUCUC